CCGAUAUCAAGGUAGCUGCAAGUCUAAAGGACGUGUACGAUGUGAGUAUCAGGUACGCGAGUGCAUAGCGGAUGCUUCAACAAAAGAACUCCCCCAGUCAAGAUACAAAUAUGGUCAUGAAAUCUUCACACAGUGACGUCCUCAUCGUCGGGUCAGGCAUUUUCGGCACCAGCACGGCCUAUCAUCUCUCCCAGAGCCAUGCCUCACUUCGAGUGACGGUGCUCGACCGCGCACCUGCGCCCUCUCCCUCGGCCGCGUCUUCAGACAUCAACAAGAUCGUCCGCGCCGACUACAGCAUACCGUUCUACAUGGACCUCGCGUACGAGGCGAUGCAGUCAUGGAUCGACAGCCCGUUGUUGUCUCGCUACUUCCACCAGACAGGCUGGGUGGCGCUGGACGAGAAAGGCAGCGACCUGUCCACGCGGAUACGCAAGAACUUGCGCGAGAGCGGGCGGCCCGACACGUCGGCGGACAUCACGUUGGACGAAGUCAAGACGCGGUGGGACGGCGUGCUCUCGGGGAUAGACACGACCGGGUGCGACAAGGCCUACACGAACUCGAGCGCAGGCUGGGCCGACGCGAGUUCAGCCGUGGAGGCCAUGAUGGCCGAAGCCGCCGAGGCCGGUGUGCACCACGAGGUAGGCGAAGUCGUCGAGCUGGUGGUCGCUGAUGACGUCGACAGAAGACAGAAACUCGAGGGCGUCCGGACCGCAGACGGACGGAGAUUCACUGGAGACAAGAUCCUCCUCGCCACGGGUGCCUGGACACCCUGGCUCAUGAGCCCUCUCGAGAAGACCCUGCACGUCGCCGAACAGGACGGCAUACGCCGACAGAUCCAGGCGGCCGGCGUCUGUGUCGCGGCGUUCGAGCUCUCCGACGACGCAGAGGCAGAGCGCUACUCGCGCAUGCCGGUGCUGAUUUACGGCAGCAAAGGCGAGGUCAUGCCUCCCAGCAAGGACCGUCUCUUCAAGUUUACCAACUCCAACACCUUUCUCAACACCAAACUUCACCCGGACACGGGCCAGGAGAUCUCGGUGCCCGAGCCCGACCAAAAGGACGUACCCUUGGCGUUGAAGGACGAGUCACUCGACGUCAUCAGACAACGCGUGCCCGAGGUCCUGGACAACGGCCGUUCGCCGGACGAUUGGCGAAUAUGCUGGGACGCCGUCUCGCCGGACCAGAACCAGUUGAUCACGCGACAUCCAGACCCCAGGCUGUCGAACUUGUUCCUGGCGACCGCAGGCUCGUUCCACAGCUGGAAGUUUCUGCCCAAUAUCGGAAGGUACGUGGUCAAUGUUCUCAAUGGUAAGUCGAAUGGCCCUGAAAAGGACGAGGCGUGGGCGUGGAAGAGGGCAUGGGCUGCGAGAGGAGCGCACGAAAAGGUCCUGCCCACGAGGGAAUUUGCAGACAUUAGUAAGUCUUGAAAUAACAAGUGUGAUCGUGAUGGAAAUAUGUAGGUGUAGAAGAAAC